AUGAGUUAUUUUUACGAGUGGAGAGGUUUCAAGUAUCCUGCUCAUUUCAUUCAGAAAAUAGCACAAGAGAGGGAUCAUAUUGAUAUUUAUGUAAUUGACAUUGAUGAAUUGAAAGAUACUGAGAUACUUCAAAAAUACAAGGUUUCUAAUUUUCCAAGUAUGAUUUAUUUUAGGGGUGAUGUAUUCCAAUCUUUUAAUACUAAUUCUCAAAAUUACUUAACAAAUAAAGAAUUAACUGAAGAUCAUGUACGGAAUUUUGUUGAUGGUAUAGAGAACGGUGAGUGGUUGACUGAAGCUAUUGAAGAGGAUGAGUUUCAAAUUCAAAUGAGACCUGGUAUGAAUAAGAAACAAGGUAGUAAUGAUGUUAAUGAUGAUGAUUUAGAUGACAUAUUGGAGCAUAUUGAGUUAUAA